AGAAUUAACACUGCUGUGGUCUAGUCUGUGAUAAUACAAGAACUGCACAGAACUACUGCUGUCACAAUCAGAAGACUGUACUGCAGGCAAAUUUCUUUUUUUCUUUCCAUUUUCCUGAGGGAUUGCAGUGUGGAAUUAUAUGUAUUCUUUCUGACAGUGAUCUUGCAGAACAAGUGCAAGAAAACUUCUUCAGUUACCGAAACCACAUUCAGCACAAGGUUCAAGGAGCUAUUUUUGGGCACUUGACUGCUUCACAGAACUUCUAACUAGUAGAUGUGCCAUUGCUGGUGUCAAGAUUUCUUUUAUUUUCACCAUAAUUUAUUUUAAAUGUAUUUAUAUGAAAAAGAAACAUGGAAGACCGUCCUCUGCUUAUAUUGACUGUGCCAACAGUAGCUUACUAUGACCAGAAACCGGGAACCAGUGGAUUACAGAAGAAAAUCUAUUGUUUUGAGACCAAGACAAACUACCUGCAGAAUUAUGUCCAGAGUAUAUUUUUUUCCAUAGAUCUAAGAGAUCGACAAGGAUCUACUAUGGUAGUUGGAGGAGAUGGGAGAUAUUUUAAUAAAUUGGCAAUAGAAUUGAUAGUUCAAAUGGCAGCUGCCAAUGGGAUUGGCCGUUUAGUGAUUGGACAGAAUGGAAUUCUCUCCACCCCAGCUGUCUCCUGUAUUAUUAGAAAAAUCAAAGCCAUUGGUGGCAUUAUUUUGACAGCCAGUCACAACCCUGGUGGCCCAAAUGGAGACUUCGGCAUUAAAUUCAAUAUUUCCAAUGGAGGUCCUGCUCCUGAAGGAAUUACUGAUAAAAUUUUCCAAAUUAGCAAGACUAUUGAAGAGUAUGCUAUCUGCCCAGAUCUGAAGGUGGACCUUGGUACCAUUGGAAAGCAGCAAUUUGACUUGGAGAACAAGUUUAAACCAUUUACAGUUGAAAUUGUGGACUCAGUGGAAGCUUAUGCGAACAUGUUGAGGAACAUCUUUGAUUUCAGUGCGCUAAAAGAACUACUUUCAGGACAAAAUCACCUAAAGAUUCGUAUAGAUGCUAUGCACGGAGUUAUGGGUCCCUAUGUAAAGAAGAUCCUGUGUGAGGAGCUUGGAGCUCCUGCAAAUUCUGCUGUGAACUGUACACCUCUAGAGGACUUCGGUGGUCACCACCCAGACCCAAACUUAACCUAUGCUGCUGACUUGGUCCAGUCUAUGAAGACUGGAGAGUAUGACUUUGGAGCUGCCUUUGAUGGAGAUGGGGAUCGGAACAUGAUUCUAGGGAAGCAUGGGUUCUUCGUUAACCCUUCAGACUCUGUUGCUGUCAUCGCUGCCAAUAUUUUCAGUAUUCCUUACUUUCAGCACACCGGCGUUCGUGGCUUUGCGCGAAGCAUGCCUACCAGUGGAGCAAUUGAUAGGGUGGCCAAAGCUACAAAGAUCGCUUUGUUUGAAACUCCAACUGGCUGGAAGUUCUUUGGAAACUUAAUGGAUGCAAACAAACUGUCUCUGUGUGGAGAGGAAAGUUUUGGUACUGGCUCUGAUCAUAUCCGUGAAAAGGAUGGGCUGUGGGCUGUCCUGGCGUGGCUGUCUAUAAUAGCUGUCCGCAAACAGAGCGUGGAGGACAUCCUGAAAGAUCACUGGCAGAAAUAUGGGCGGAACUUCUUCACGAGAUAUGACUAUGAGGAGGUAGACACAGGUGGAGCUAACAAAAUGAUGAAGGAUCUAGAAACUGUGAUGUUUGACCGUUCUUUUGUGGGAAAGCAGCUGUCAGCUGGUGAUAAAGUUUACACUGUCGAGAAAGCCGAUAACUUUGAAUAUAGCGAUCCUGUGGAUGGAAGCAUCUCCAGAAACCAGGGUUUAAGGCUCAUCUUCUCUGAUGGUUCUCGCAUCAUCUUCAGGCUAAGUGGUACUGGCAGCGCUGGAGCGACUGUGCGACUAUACGUUGAUAGCUAUGAGAAAGAUGCUCCAAAAAUAUAUGAAGAUCCACAGGUCAUGUUGGCUCCUCUCAUUGGUAUUGCACUGCAGCUUUCACAGCUCCAUGAAAGAACUGGCCGCACCGGCCCCACAGUCAUCACAUGAAAACGGCUAGGACCUGAUGCUAACUGCGUGCAGUGCUGAAACAGCUGGCUGUGCUGAAUGAGUCAAACAAAAUCAUCCAGUCCUUUUUAUCAAAUUGGUCACUAAAAGCAACAUUAACUCUAUUUAAAAGUGUUAUUUAAACUGAUAAAAGGCUAGAUGUUAUUAAUAAACCAGAAUCACCAGUGUUUACACUGUG